CACCACCAUACUGACCACCAUGUCCGUUGACCUCGAUGCCGCCCUUAAGUUCGCCGUCUCCAUCGCCAAGGAGGCUGGCCAGAUGAUGCGGGAUGGGCAGGCCCGCCGCUUCUCCCAGGACGCCGGGCAGGAGGAGAAGGCCAACUCUGUCGAUCUUGUUACCGAGUGCGACCAGCAGGUCGAGAAGUUCCUCGUCGCCAAGAUCAAGGCCGAGUACCCGGACCACAAGUUCAUUGGCGAGGAAUCGUAUGACGGGGAGAAGGUCACGGACGACCCGACGUGGAUCGUUGACCCCAUUGACGGCACGACCAACUUCAUCCACGGCUUCCCAAUGGUUGCGACCUCGAUCGGUCUGGCGAUUGGGGGCAUCCCGGUCCUCGGCGUGAUUUACAACCCUUUCCUCGACCUUCUCUACACUGGCGCCGAGGGCCGCGGCGCAUACAUGAAUGAAAGCAUCAAGCUGCCCACGGCUGUGCGCUCGCUGGACUCGCUCAGCGAGGCUCUUGUUGCUGUUGAGUACGGCUCCUCGCGCCGCGACCCGGCUCUCUCCAACAAGCUUGACACGUUCAAGCGCCUGACGGGCGACAAGCGUGAUGGCCACAAGAUGGUGCACUCUCUCCGCUCCGUGGGAAGCGCCGCGCUCAACAUCUGCUUCGUCGCCGCUGGCCAGCUUGACGCGUACUGGGAGAUUGGCUGUUGGCCUUGGGACGUCUGCGCCGGGAUGGCCAUCCUCAAGGAGGCGGGCGGCGCGUCUUAUGCGGGCAAGAUGACGGAGAAGGGCUGGACCGGCGAGCCCAACGCUGCUAUCAUGGCUGGGCGCAAGUAUCUCUUCAUCCGCCAGGUUCCUGCUGCCAAGGGCGACACGGUGCGGGCUGCUCAGGCCACCCUCGCCAAGGAGCUCUACGAUAUUGUCGAGGAGUGGGACCCGGCGUCGUAGACCGAGGUGCUGGCAAUGUGGUAGAAUCUAGAUAUGCAUCGGAGUACAGAAGAGGGGAAGAAAAAUGCCUAGCAGCACCCGCCGAUACUGCCGCAUCU